AUGAUGUCAAAUUUAAGGAAUUGUGUGUGUUCACAUUAUUUCUUCCUUUUAUUUAGGUUCACAGAGUUCCUGGAGCCUUUUGAAAGAGUUAUCCAACCUGAGGAACUAUGGCUCUACAAGAACCCUCUGGUGGAAUCAGACCACAUCCCAAAGAGAGUCAUGUUUGCAAUUUCAUUCCUCACCCCGCUGGCUGUGAUAUUUGUGGUGAAGAUUAUACAGAGGACAGACAAGACAGAAAUUAAAGAGGCUUGUUUAGCAGUAUCCCUCGCACUAGCUUUGAAUGGUGUCUUCACAAAUACCAUCAAGUUGAUAGUUGGCAGGCCAAGGCCAGACUACUUCCACCGCUGUUUCCCCGAUGGACAGAUGAAUGAAAAGAUGCUGUGUACUGGAGAGCCAGACCUGGUGUCUGAGGGCCGGAAAAGUUUUCCCAGCAGCCAUUCUUCCUUUGCUUUUUCUGGUCUGGGCUUUACUUCAUUAUACUUGGCAGGCAAGUUGCAGUGCUUCACAGCUGCUGGACGCGGGUGCAGCUGGCGUCUCUGUGCCAUGAUCCUGCCUCUCUACAGUGCAAUGAUGAUUGCUCUGUCCCGCACCUGCGACUACAAGCAUCACUGGCAAGAUGCUUUUGUUGGGGGAUUGAUCGGCCUCUUCUUUGCCUACAUCUGUUAUCGGCAGCACUACCCACCCAUCCUGGAUGUAGACUGCCACCUGCCAUAUGCUAGUCUGCAUGCAGCAGCUGCCCACAACAUGCCAACCUCCCAGGAUCAACCUCUGCCCAUGGAUAAUGCCACCAGCCUCCCUCUGGAGGGCAUGACCGAGGGACCAGUAUGACUAAUAGAGACCCCCCCCCCCCCAAGGCACACAUCCCUCUGACCCCCUACUACACCAAUGUAGUAUGAACCACACUUAACUGGCACUUCAACAUUCCAAUUAAUUUGACAGAUACAUUUUGUUUAUCUCUCUCUCCCUCUCUCUCUCUCCCUCUCUCUCUCUCUCUCUCUCUCUCUCUCUCUUUCUCUCUUUCAAUCAUUUUGCAGAGUUACAGUUCCUGAUUUCUUAUCAGUUAAACUUAAUUUAAUGACGGAGUAUUGGCAAGUUUAAACCUUGGACAAUAUAUAUAUAAUGUGUUUGUGCAAGAAUCUCUCUUUAAAGAUAAGUACCAUGUUACACAAAAGUUGUAAUUAUUCAGUGCUCUUACAUAUAUACUGAUGCACCUCUUCUAUGUUUUUGUAUAGGUUUUCUAUUACCCAAAUAGCAGGGAGAGAAGUUGAUGUUAAAGUGAAAUUCUUAUUCUUAGAGGUUUCCCUCAUAAACAUGUAAAUCUUGGAUUGAAAUCCUAAAUCAAUUCUUUAUUCGUUUCCUUGUUCCUAUAUGGGUUUGUGUUGAUUCAUUAGUAGGGGUGCCUGCAUGUUAACAGCUAGUGAGAACAUUGCUUUGUACCGUUGCUUUUCCACAUAUUGCAUACCAGGCACAGAGGAAUUAGAAAGGCAGAACAGACUCGCUAGCAAAAAAAUCAUCAGCCACAUUACAAAUCAGCCACUAUGUAGAAACAAUACAACAGUGGAAGUUGACAAAACUUAAGCAAUUAUGCCUGAAAACACUGCUCAGUAAGUAAAUUUUGUUUAUAUAGCACAUUAAACAUAGCAAAGCUAUCCAAACUGCUGAACAAUGUAAAAUAAAAUUAAGAGGAAUCACAGAAAAGAAGCAAACAAGACAUAUAAUACAAUGAAACAGCAAUGAAGUGAAAUUAAAAUGCUAAGGAGAAAAAAAAAACAUUUUCAACCUCAGUUUAAAAAUGGUAAUGGAAGGUGCAAGUCUAGAGGCAAUUGGUUCCACAGACGGGGGCCAGUGACUGAAAAGGCUCUGUCACCCUUAGUUUUCAAACGGAAACGAGGGACAGAUAAAAGAGCCCUUUUAGCAGAUCUUAAAAGUCUGGUAGAUGGCAAAGGGAUGAUAAGAUCUUUGAGAUAAGAUGGAUCUUGACUAUUAAGAGCUUUAAAAACACAACAGAAUCUUAAACUGAACUCUAAAAUGGACCGGAAGCUAGUGAAGAGAAAAUAAAAUUGGAGUGACAUGGUCAUAUUUCUUUGCCCCAGUCAGUAGCCUUGCAGCUGCAUUUUGUAACAACUGGAGGCAUGAAAGUGAUGACUGAGGAAGACCUGAGUACAGUGAAUUACAGUAAUCUAAAUGAGAAGUAAUAAAAUCAUGAAUAACCUCCUCCAAAUCCUGAAAAGACAAAAACUGUUUGGCGAUUGGUAAAAAAAAAAAAAAAAUGUUCCUUACGACAAAAUUAAUUUGUUUGGACAAAUAUAAUUUUGAGUCUAUGAUAAUGCCCAGGUUUCUAACCUAUGAGGAAAUGGAGGGGAAGUGAUUUGCCAACUCCUUAAUAAUAGUUUUUUGGGGACCAAAAACAAUAAUUUCUGUUUUGUUCUAAUUGAGUUGGAGAAAGUUAUUUGAUAACCAUUUUUUUUAUAUCAGAGAUACAUUCCAGCAAUGGUUGAAUGGAAUCACCAGCUUUUAGCGGGAGGUACAAGUGUGUAUCAUCAGCAUAUAAAUGAAAACAAACAUUGUGCUUCCUGAUAAUAUCCCCCAGAGGGUGCAUAUAUAAGUUAAAAAGAAGCGGUCCCAGAUUAGAGCCUUGAGCUACUUCCACUAAUAACUUUUGUAGUAUUGAAUAUUGAGUAUAACAGUAUUGAUGGAAUGCAUUUUUUUUUCAAGAGAUGGUAUUAAUACUUUUUUCACUAAAGUAUUCAUACCCCUUUCUUUUUUUCAAUACACUGCUCAGUAAAUA